AGGCUCCGCUUUUCAUCAGCCUGAGCCUGCCAUGUACCUCUCACAAGUCCUCUGCGACUCCAAUUCGCCGGAUUUUUUUUCCCUGCUCACGAUAUCGACUCAUUGUCGAACCAGUGUUGCAUCUCAUCGCCCAGCUGCCCGAAUCAUUGUCGCCGCCAUCUCGUCAUACAUCUAGGCAUUCGCUUACCUGGCGGCAAUGGGCAAGACGCCGGUCAUUGGGCUGCUUGGCGGCGGCCAGCUCGGUCGCAUGCUGUGCGAGGCGGCUGGCCCCCUCGGCUACGACAUCGCCGUCCUGGACGAGGCCGGCUGCCCCGCCAAGCAGAUCAACGCCAACGACAAGCAUGUCACGGGCUCCUUCAAGGACGCUGCCAAGGUCAGAGAGCUGGCGUCUCGAUGCGACGUUCUCACUGUCGAGAUCGAGCAUGUCAACACCGAGGUCCUCGAGGAGAUUGCGACAAAGGGAGUCCGCACGCACUCGGGCGAGCUGCGCAAGGUGCCUGUUCACCCGUCAUGGCGCACUCUGCGACUGGUGCAGGACAAGUUUGCCCAAAAGGAGCAUUUUCACGCUGCCGGCGUGCCCAUUGCGCCGCAAAUGGCCCUCGGCGACGGCGAGCUCCUGCCGCAGUCGCUCAAGGAGGCCUAUCAAAAAUUCGGCUUCCCCUUCAUGAUCAAGGCGCGCAAGGGGUCCUACGACGGCCGGGGCAACUUCAAGGUCAACGGACCGGAGGACUUUGAGGAGGUGGUCAAGGCCCUGGGCAAGCUGCCCUUGUACGCCGAGAAGUGGGUGCCGUUUGCCAUGGAGCUCGCCGUCAUGGUGAUCCGCACCGAGGAUGACGCGGGCAACUGCACGGGCGUCUACUCCUAUCCUACGGUUGAGACGGUGCACGAGGACGACGUUUGCAAGACUGUCCUGAUGCCGCCGCGCAAGGUCGACGGUGCGGUCUGCGCCCAGGCCCAAAACGUGGCUCAGGAGGUCAUCAAGAGCCUCUGGGGGCGCGGCGUCUUCGCGGUCGAAAUGUUCCUGCUCCAGGACGGUACCAUCAUGGUCAACGAGGUGGCGCCUCGACCUCACAACUCGGGCCACUACACGAUCGAGGCCGUGCCCUACCUGUCGCAGUACAAGGCGCAGCUCCACGCCAUCAUGGACAUUGUGCCCGGCAACAUGCAGCUCGUCCCUCGCUGCUCGCAGGCCAUCAUGCUCAACAUCCUGGGCGGCGCCGCGCCCGAGUCUCACGACAAGCUGGUGCGCCUGACGGAGACGGAGUAUAUCCGCGGCACGGACGUCUAUCUGCACCUGUACGGCAAGGCGUCUAAGCCGGGCCGCAAAAUUGGCCACAUCACCUUUACCACGCCCUCGGCCGACGUCGACCUGGAGGCGACAAUCGCGCCGUUUGUCAAUGAGGUGGACCUGAUGCGGAAGCAGCGCUUGAGCGCGUCGUCAGCCCAGCUGCGCCCGACGGUGGCGCCCGAGGCCAACAGGAAGACGAGCUCGCGCGACCCCACCGCACCGCUUGUCGUCGUCACCAUGGGCUCCGACUCGGACCUGUCGGUGCUGACCGCCGGCCUUGACAUUUUGGAGAAGUUCGAGGUGCCGUACGACUGCACCAUCACGUCGGCACACCGGACGCCGGCGCGGAUGACGGAGCUGGCCAACGCGGCGGCGGCCCGGGGCAUCAAAGUGCUUAUCGCGGCGGCGGGCGGGGCGGCGCACCUGCCGGGCAUGCUCGCGUCGGAGACGACGGUGCCCGUCAUCGGCGUGCCGGUCAAGGCGACGCACCUGGACGGCAACGACUCGCUGUUGAGCAUCGUGCAGAUGCCGCGGGGCAUCCCCGUCGCGACGGUGGGCAUCAAUAACUCGACCAACGCGGCGCUCCUCGCGGUGCGCAUGCUCGGUUCUCACUACCCCGAGUACCGCGAAAAGAUGGCGCAGUACAUGGAGAGCAUGAAGGUCGAGGUCGAGGGCAAGGCGGCCAAGCUGGAAGAGGUGGGUUACCAGGCAUACCUGGCGGACAAGGCCAAGAAAUAGAGUCGCGCGAGUGACACAAAGAAGAAACGCGUUUACGGAUGACCAUUUUGUCCUGUGUCGUCUGUCCUUUGCACGCUCCGCUGAUGACCAUGGCGUUGUCCUAUUUACUAUCAAGUUGUCUCACGCUAUAUGAUUGCCACCCGCUCAAGGCCCCCUUUUCGGAACGCUCGCCCACCGACCGACCACAUUACAACUUGAAGGCGUCUUGCACCUCUUUGGGCUCGGCCCGGUGGUACUGGUUGGGCCACUUGACGGGCACGCCUAGCUCGUGCGCGGCAUGCAGGACGAACUGGGGGUCGCGCAGGAACUGCUUCGCGGCGAGGGCCAGGUCGGCCGACUGCUCGGGCCCCUCCUGAACGACGUCCCGGGCGAAGGCGGCGUCGUCGAUGCCACCGACGGCGGCGACGAGGAGGGGGCUGCCCUCGUCGCGGAGGGCGGUGCGGAUGCGCCGGGCCAGGUCGGUCUGGUAGGUGCGGGAGCGCUCGAUGCGCUGCCUGGGGUUGUUGCCGCCGCUGCUGACGUCGAGGACGUCGACGCCCCAGCCCGGCAGCAGGCGGGCGAGGCGCAGGCUCUGCUCGAGGUCCCACGAAGGGGCGCCCGCCCACUCCAUCCACUCGGUGGCCGAGAUGCGCACCCACAGCGGCAUGUCGGCUGGGAUGACGGCGCGGACGGCGGCGACGACCUCGCGCAGGAAGCGCGUGCGGUUCUCGAAGCUGCCGCCGUAGUCGUCGGUGCGUUGCUGGAGGAUGGGGUUAGCGGUGAUGAGGGACUUGCCUCUUCUCUGAGAGAGAGCCCGCGUGGGCGAAGAUGGCGGUGAUGGUUCGCGGGGUGAGUUGGGGCUAACUUACGUUGGACAGCGGAGACAGGAAGCUCGUGAUGAGGUAGCCGUGGGCGCCGUGAAUCUCGACAACGUCAAAACCCGCGGCGACGGCCCGCGCCGCCGCGUCGGCAAAGGACUUGACCAGGCCGCGGAUCUCGUCGACGGUAAGCUCGCGCGGCGGCGCCCAGUCCUCGGAGUACGGGACGGCGCUGGGGCCGACGACGUCGCCGGGCCACCCGCCGUGGGCCUCGUCGGCGAGGACCCUGCCCGCGGCGCCGGCGAUCCAGGGCGCGAGGGUGCUGGCCUUGCGGCCCGCGUGGGCGAUCUGGAUGGCGGCCUUGCCGCCCUGGCUGUGGACGAAGUCGACGACGCGGCGUAGGGGCGCGACGUGCGAGUCGGCCCAGACGCCGGCGUCCUGCGGGGAGAUGCGGCCGCGGGGCUCGACGGCCGAGGCCUCGACGACGACGAGGGCGGCGCCCCCGAGGGCGAACUGGCCCAGGUGCACGAGGUGGUAGUCGGUCAGGUGGCCAUCGGGGUCGGCCGAGUACUGGCACAUGGGGCUGACGACCCAGCGGUUGGGCAGCUCGACGGAGCGCAUGCGCAGCGGCGUGUAGAGCGUCGGCGUCGGCGUGGCGGCCGAGGCGCGGGGUUCGGCGGCCGUCCCCGGCGGGGGCUCUUGUGCGGGCGUGUAGAAGGGCACGCCGGCCUGGGCCUUGUUGCGGAGGUCGAAGCGGCCCAUGGUGGUGGUGGCGGCGGCGGAAGGAUUGCUGCCGGUGUGCCGCGCGGAUGUGUGUGUAUAUGUGUGUCUGUACUUGGUAUGGAUGAAGCUAUCGCGAACCGACACGGCGGGGGUUCUUGGUCUUUGGUCUCGGGUGUAUGCGCAAGUCACCCCCGCAACGGGAAAGGCACAAAGAGACAGGCGGAGGGGGAGGAGCAGGGUGUAGCGCUGCCGUGCG